AUGAUUUGCACAGACAGUCACAAAGAGUAUAUGUACGUUAUUUCAAAGUCAAAAAAGGGAAGUAAUUUGUCUGCGGAAUUAACUACAUCAAUAUCUGUUAUUACUUUAUCCAUCAUAGCUCUUUCUGCUACCUUAUUCCUUUACUGUUUCCUUUCCAACCUAAGACAAUCGGUUCCUGGCAAAAAUAACUUGUCACUUGUAACAGCAUUGCUAUGUGCUCAGCGUCUGUAUUUGAUUAGUAGUUUCUCUGAGUUAGAAGAAUAUUCUACCAUUUGCUUUGUGCUUGGUUUAUUUGUUCAUUUCUCCUGGCUUGUUGCUUUGUUUUGGAUGAAUAUUUGCACAUACCACAUGUUCCGUGUUCUUACAAAAACAAGGGUGAUAACAAGUUCAUCGGGAUUGAAACGAUUGAUAUUGUAUCAUGCGUACGCUUUUUUAAUGGCUGCAGUAUUCGUCUCUAUGAAUAUUGUCCUAUCUUAUAUCUCAAACGGUGACUAUGGAUAUGGUGGUAAAGCUUGCUAUAAUACUUCACAAAGAAUGUUAAUAUUGACGUUUGGUAUUCCGGCUACAUUGAUUGUACUUUCCAAUCUUAUCAUGUUCACAGUUGUCGUGAUCAAGAUCAAACGAUCUCCAUCAGUCCAAAAGAAUGUAAAAAACGAACGUAACGAUAUUGUCAUCUUCGCAAAGUUAUCAACCAUCACCGGAGCGACCUGGAUAUUUGGACUGCUGUAUAUGUUUACCAAAUCUAUUGUAUUAUCAUAUAUUUUCAUUUUUCUCAAUGCAAGUCGAGGUAUCUUUAUAAUGUUUUCGUUUGUGGUAAAUAGGCGAGUGUUCAAUUCACUAAGAGAAAAAGUUUUGGGAUUGGAUGUUGUGUCAUCAAGUAGUGGCCAAACGACAACGCGCACAAUGUAGAUGAACAUCCAGGAAACAUGAUUUGAAACGAGAACUACAGGAUGCUCCAGAGAUACCCGGCAUUAAGCCAUACAUUUAAUGAUUUUUAACUUAAGUUCAUAUUACAAACACUGUCUUAAUGCGAUAUAUAUCCUCUAUAAAAAAGGCAGUUAAACAAAUUAUGACCAACAUAUGCAUAUCGAAGCAAACAUAGUACUGCGCAUUCGUCGCAGUCUAUACGCUGAGACAAUGGCAUUAGUAUUGACGUCAAAAUAACAUUCAAAGUUUGACAAAGUAUGUGUCGCUUGACGCCAUACAAGGUCAUUGCAUUGGGUGAAUAAUUAUGUUUUUGUUGGAAAAUUUCGGAUGUCGCUUUCCGUAAGUGUGCAAAAAGUGUGCUAAGUUACGACAGUGCUAGCAACUUAAACAUAUGACUCUGUUGUCUGACAAUAACAACAACUUAAAAUUGAUACACGAAUUGAGAACGAAUUAUAAAAUGGUCUGACGACAAUGGCCGUAUUGUAGAGGAGCGAAACGUGUUUCGAAAAAAGCGCAGCCCUGUUGAUCAUUUGUCAAGACUCACAAGCUUAAUUGAUACACGUAAAUUUAACAUUCUGUUCUUUUAUUGACUUUCGAGUUUGAUUCCAUUAGUAGAUGUUACUUUGGCAUAAAAUGGUUAUAUUUGCCAUAUUCUCCUGUAUGUUCUCCGCUACGCUCCCUUCGGAGCUCACUGAAUACACUGACACUACUUCAGAAGUGAGCGAUAGUGAAACAUUCUCGGUCAGCAUUGAGCUACAUCAAGUAUGCUUCUUAUUUACGAUUUUAUUUAAUGUUUUAAAUUACAUAAAUGAUCAAGCAGUUUCUCUUAAAAGUAUGAAUAAAGGUAUUGAUAUAAGAAAUGAGAAAAAAUGUGUUUUACUUUACGCAUUUUGUCAUUAUUGCUGAAAAUGAAACUGAUUUAGAGGAAAUGUUAAACCACCUAAAUGAUUGGUGCCUUUUAAUUGCCAUUAUAUUAUAAUUAUUAUAAAGUGAUAUUGUGCACUUAAGACCACAGUCUGUGUCUAGAUCACAAUAUAUCUUUAAAAAUGAUAUAUCAGUAACUGGAUAUGCUUGCAAGUACAUGUAUCUUGGUAUCAUAUUAGAUGAAUUCUUAGGUUAUAAUUUUACAACUAAAUAUGCUGCUCAAAGUGCUGGUGGUGCCCUGGGACCGGAUGCGCAGGCUGGUCUGGAUCCAUGCUUGUCGCAAACCCUUUAUGAUGGUUUUGUCAUGACGCGGCUCAAAUAAUGUUCGAUAAAGCCUGUAAUGUAUAACUAAUUUCAAUGUGUUAAAUGAUUCAGAAAAAUUAAAAUUUCUGUUAUCGUAAUUUCUGUUCUACAGCCCUAUGGUUAGAACAACUGCAAAAACUUGUUAUAAUAUGCCGAAAACAAGAAACAAUGCUCUAUAGAGUAUGUCUUUAGCUUUUGCGUAAAGUUUUAAUCUAUUUGUAUAUACAUUAUAUUCUAAAUGUUAUCAUUGUCACAAUUCUAUUAUAUGUUCUGUAAAUUAUAAGUUUUUAGCUAUUACUUAUAUGUAUAUGCUGAAUUCUUAUCCAUGGUAAAGGUUUUACAUUGUGUUAGAAAUUUCGUGGUAUUUUGUUUGCUACUAAAGUUAUAUUGUCAUUUUUGAAAUCUCAUUUCAGCAUGGUAAUGUAAUAAAGUGGUUGCAUGAUUAGCAAGGAAAAUCUUACGUUUAUUUUAAAGAGUUGGUGUACAAAUGUGUUAAUGCUAAGAAGUCUCUUACAAUUCUAUAUAUUUUAAAAUGGUUAUGGGCAAUGUAUAUGUACAAAAUUUUAUGUAUUGAUGUUAUGAACUGUACAAUGAUGAUA